CCAACUUAACCGCUUCUCGCUCUCUUUUUUUUAUUUCUCCUCUCAUCGGCUGGCUGCUGCCCUUCUCUGAAUCCUCGCCUCCGGGUUCUUCUACAAAAUCUUAGAAACCUCUCCUCGUCGGGACCCUAACCCUUGGGAUCGACGCAAGGGGAGAGAGAUGGCAGCGAUCAGCCUGCGGAAGGGGAACACCCGGCUGCCGCCGGAGGUGAACCGGGUUCUGUACGUGCGGAACCUGCCGUUCAACAUCUCGAGCGAGGAGAUGUACGACAUCUUCGGCAAGUAUGGGGCCAUCCGCCAGAUCCGGAUCGGGACGAACAAGGACACCCGCGGCACCGCCUUCGUCGUUUACGAGGACAUCUACGACGCCAAGACGGCCGUCGACCACCUCUCUGGCUUCAACGUCGCCAACCGCUACCUCAUUGUCCUCUACUACCAGCAGGCCAAGAUGUCCAAGAAGGUCGACCAGAAGAAGAAGGAGGACGAGCUGGCUCGCAUGCAGGAGAAAUACGGCUUAUCUUCAUCCAAAGAUAAGUAAACAUUCUACUCGAUCUCGGAACAAAUUCGAAAUUGUGGGGGUUCUGUGGGAUUGGAUUUUUUUCUACGUGUCUUGUUAAUAUCUAUGCACUUCUAUAUCCCUAGAACUUGGAUGAUAUGAUGCUUUUAUAAUGAAAAGAUUGAAUCUUUAGUGGAUUUGAUGACUUUCUAUUUGGCA